AUGGAUCCACCACUUUGUGCCAAUGGUUGCGGCUUCUAUGGUUCUGCUGCCAACAACAAUCUUUGCUCAAAGUGUUACAAAGAUCACAUCAAACAAACCUUCAUCAUCAUGGAAUCACAAAAUGAUACCAAAUCUCAUCAUGACCAACAAUUAACUGAUGUGUUUGAAAGAUUUACCAAAGACUUUGGUGCAACCAUUGAUGAUAUUUCUACCAACAACAACAACAAUGAAACGAAGAAAAGGUGCAAGAAGUGCAAUAAAAAAGUUGGAUUAACAGGGUUUGAGUGUCGAUGUGGAGAUUUGUUUUGUGGAAAGCAUAGGUAUCCAGAAGUUCAUGAAUGUGAAUUCAAUUUUAAGGAUAUUGGUCGCAACAUUUUGGCAAAACAGAACCCUCUUUGCAUUCGUGAUAAGUUAGAUAAAAGAAUUUAG